UCCGGGCCGGUGCGGUUUGGUCAGUAGUCGCUCUCGGGGUGGCUCGCGUUUCGCCGUUCGCUCCGCGGUCGUCUCGUGGUCCGAGAAUGUGCUCCCGCGGUGACGCGGGCGGGUCGUGAUACACGCUCAGCACGUGGUGCUCGCGAAGCCUCUCCUCUCCUCUCCUCUCCUCUCCUCGAGAACGGCGAGAACGGUUCUGAAGAGGCGGACGAAGGGCCGUCCUCUCGCGAUGACGACGCGGAGGACACGCGAGGUCCUCCCGGGGCGAUCCGAUGGAGCCGGUAGCGGCUGCCUCGAGAGCUUGCCGUCGGGAUUCUUGGCGACUCAAUAGCGGCUGUCUCGCGGAAACGGGAGAAAGAAGAGAGAGAGAGAGAGAGGGGGGGACAGAAAGACGCUACACCGUCUUUUCGACGCCGUCGAUUCGACGCGCGUCGUCGUGCGAUCAAGGACGUCGAGGGUGACAACUCCUGGACAACGUCUUCGUCGAGCGACAAACGUGUUCUCGAGGAGAGCCGCACGACGCCGGCCGACGAACCGACAUCCGGCAUUGCCGACGGCGUCUGUUGCGUGGCAAGCGUCCUGCUCCGCCGGGUCCGUCACCGGGCCCGUCGUCGUCGUCGUCGUCGUCAGGUAUCAGAAUACUGAGGUGAAGAGCAUCGUCGUGCGGUAGAGAAAUUCUCACUGUUCCGCGCGGACGGAACGGAAAGAGGAGACCUGAGGAAGAGGACCCGCGGCGCGGAAGCCGGGAACGCUCGGGGACGGCGCUCCACGUGGCUGUCCGACCGGUAUCUCACCGGUUGACGGUCGUCAACACCUAGCAUCGACUGCUAGGACGUGGUGACAGGACGUCGUCGACUGAAUCAGUGAAUCAGUGAAACCGCCGAGUGGUCCCCGUUGACGAGGUCGUCGCGACCGCGUGACGCGAUGCGGCGUCGCGCCGCUGCUCGUUGGUGUGUCGCGAGCUUGCCCGUAGGAUGGACGACGAGAGGAAGAGGAAGACGAGUGAUCGUCGUUGUCAGUAUAUUGGACGCGCCGCGCGACGCCGGCGUCGGCGUCGUCGACUGCCGUCGAUUGCUUACCGCGACCACCGGCUGCGUCCGAGUCGGAUUCGCGCGGUGAUUCGCGUGUGAGGUAAACCCGCCGUCAACGCCAACGAGCCGCUCGCCCAAUUGGAUGGAAGAGGACGAAGGCGACGACGACGACGACGACGUCGAUGACGACGACGGAGGCGGCGGCGGCGGCGGCGACGACGACAACGACGACGACGACGACGACGACGACGGCGACGGCGACGACGGAGGCGACGGCGACGACGUGACGAGAGAUGCCUGGCAUCGUGGUGUUCGGACGACGCUGGAGCGUCGGCAGCGACGACCUCGUCGUGCCCGGCGCCUUCUUGUUCAUUCUGCACCUCAUAUGGCUGACGGUGCUGGGCGUUCUGCUGGGGAUUCUCGAGUGGGAUCGUAGCAUCCCCUGCAUUCUACUCCUAUGGGACUACGUGAUCGGCUACGAGGCCCUCUUCAUGGCCUGCUUAGUGGUGGAGUUCUCCAUCUGCUUCCUGGCGACGAGGGGCAGCAUCCUGGACACUGCGGCCAGGGCACCGAUGCAGCACAUCCUUUAUAUCCGGUUGUUCCUGCUUCUGGUAGAAUGCGGAUGGUUGGGCGCCGGUCUCACGUGGUUAACGUAUUAUUAUCAUAUCUGUCCAGUGGACCAAGCUAAGGACGUUAUGUUGGGUUUGGUGGCGUCGAAUUGCUGUCUGAUGACGUUGAUGAUGGCGACCGUUUGGUGCACGUACGACGCUGCUGGUAGGUCUUGGGUGAAGAUGAAGAAGUACCAGCGCAGCAUGAGGGAAGCGGAGUUGCGGGGGGCCAGGUUACAUUAUAAGCGCAGCGGCAGCAGAAAUCGAAAUUGGCGACAACGAAAAGUCAUACGUGCCUAUCAGGACAGCUGGGACAACAGGUGCAGGUUGCUGUUUUGCUGCAUGGGCAACUCUGAUCGCAAUCGGAACUCGUUCGCCGACAUCGCCCGACUGCUGAGUGACUUCUUUCGCGAUCUGGACGUGGUGCCGUCGGACGUGGUGGCCGGUCUGGUGCUGCUGCGCAAGUUUCAGAAGAUCGAGCGUGAGCUGAUAGUGAAGCAGCGCAAGAACGACACGUACGAGUUCCUGUCGGGGGUGCCGGUCACCCCGCGCACCAAGUUCCUGUCGAUGACCGAGGACGGCGACCUGGGUCACUUCCAGUUGGCCAUCCACUACAUGCACUUCGCCCUCGCUGCUUACGGCUGGCCCAUGUUCGUCGUUAAUCCCUCCACUGAGCUCUGCCAGUUGUGCACCAGACUGCGAUGCUGUUGCUUCCCCUGCGGCGCCCACGAGGACGAGGCGACGAUCGUCGAGGACAAUUGCUGCCGCUGCAACUACGCCGCCCUGAGCAGUAUGCUCGACCUCGGCGAGAUCGAGGUUGUGUACUCGACCUUCCACGUCGACGUCGGCGAGACACCGUUCUUCGUGGCGCUGGAUUACACAAAGAAGAAGGUGGUGGUCAGCAUACGUGGGACUCUAAGCAUGAAGGACGUGCUGACGGAUCUAAACGCCGAGGGCGAAGUGCUGCCUUUGUCGCCGCCGAGGGAGGACUGGCUGGGGCACAAGGGGAUGGUGCAGGCUGCCGAAUACAUACGGAAGAAGCUGCUGGAGGAGGGUAUCAUCGCACGUGCCCUCGCCAAGGACACCUCCAGGGGCACGCACCAGUUCGGACUCACUCUGGUGGGACACUCGUUAGGCGCCGGCACGGCGGCGAUACUCGCGAUCCUACUGAAGCAGGAAUAUCCGGAUCUGGUCUGCUUCUCGUUUGGGCCACCCGGUGGACUCCUGAGUAUGCCGGCUCAGCAAUACACACAGGAAUUUAUCACCUCAGUGGUGGUGGGGAAGGACGUCGUACCCAGAAUCGGACUUCGACAAAUGGAGAGUCUGAGGGCGGACCUCAUCAACGCUAUAAAGAGGAGCGUCGACCCCAAGUGGAAGACGAUAGCGUGCUCGGUAAUGUGCUGCGGCUGCGGCUCGACGCCCACGUCCGCGGCGAACCUGGAAGCAGGCGGCUGCAUCAGCGAGUACCAGCGGGACAAGGAUCAGGCUCGCGCUCAGACCGUCGUGCCCAGCGACUCCAGCAUCGCCUUGACCCUACACAGGCCCCUUUACCCGCCCGGCCGAAUCAUACACGUAGUGCGGCAUCAUCCGAACAAGGACGAACAGAUGUUGAAGAAGCACGAGCCGGUGUACCAGGCGCUGUGGGCCGGACCUUGCGACUUUGACGAGGUGCUGAUCAGCCCGGUGAUGAUCCAGGACCACAUGCCGGACAACAUGCUGCGGGCGCUGAACAAGGUUGUGACGACCCUGGGACCGGCGAAGCCGCAGAGGCUGGUGUCCGGCCACGCGUCGUCCACGGAGGCGUCGGAGGCGCGCGAGCAGCAGGUCGAGGUGCAGCUGGAGCUGGAGGCGCAGGAGCAAGAGAUGCGGGCCUUGCUGUCGCCGUCCAGCCCGGUGAGAUGCCGGACCCUCGGCGGUGGCAACCUGGCCGGCACGCCGCCGCACCGGCUCUGCCUGGAGACGAGCUUCACGUCGCUGCAGAGCCCGACCGACCUGCCCCAGGCUGGCCGGGAGCUCAGCGUCGACUCCAGGGGCAUCCCGUGGGAGUACAUAAGCCUCGCCAGCGAGCUGCUCAACACGCCGCGGCCGGACGACGGCAAAGCGUUCGGCCGCCGGCACGAUUGGGACGAGCGCACGGCGCCCUUGGCCACCCCGGAGACGCUCUCGGAGGCGUCCAGCAGCCCGCCGUCGCCGGUGCCGGCGCCCCGGCCGAUGCGACGCACCCCGAAGAUCCCGGGAAACUUGUCAACGGCGGCGGACGACCUGAAGAACAAUCUGCACUACGCGAUGCUCUCGGCGAGGAACUACUUCCUGAGGACGGGGGAGCACGCGGGCAGUAACAACGGCGGCGGCAGCGACAACAGCAGCAGUGGGAACAGCGAGGCGAGCUACGAGAGCGCCCGGAGCCUGGCCGCCGCCGGUCUUCCGCCGCCUGUGCCGAGACGACGGGAUUCCGUUACCGUCAGAAGAGAACAACGGAUGUGCACAGCAGCAUGCUGCAGGGACGACCUGUCGGAGAACUCGUCGACCCGCACGUCUUCGCAUUCCUCGAGGAACUCCCACACGUCGCAUCAUCGUGUGCAGGUGGAGUUGUACGAGGAGGGGAACGACACCAACGGCUCCAGCUUGGACUUCUACGAGGCGAAGGGUUCCUCCGGCCAGCGCGGCAGCAGCAACGACGUCUUCCUCAGCGUGCGCAGCUCGCCGGAGUGCAAAGGGCUCAUGGCACCGGCGACGGACCUAGGCGCCGAGUGGAAGAAGCGCUUCGACGCCACGGCCGGCGACGCCUCGUUACCGCUUCUUCGGGGCCUGUCGCCUACGCCGACCACCGGCCAGCACAACUCGCCGUUCUUCAGCGCCAAGCGGAAGAAGUAUGUGUACCCUAUCACGCUGGUGGGCCGCGGCGAGAGCAGCGUUUAGUCCGCGGAGAAGGGUCGUCGUCGACGGUCGAACGAGGAAAUCGGCCGGAGGCACUCGGUGUAUCACUCAGUACGACGCUCUCUUCAGCUUCUGCCGGGAGAGAUGUUCGACGCGCAGGGACUUUAGUUUAACAAACUGAGAUCAACCCAAUCGAGGACCACGAGGCACAUUUAGCAGUAGUGACGUCCGACGAAUACGCGUGCCAAACUCUAUUCUCCUUCUACUUCUGAUUCCUCUUUCUCUUCUUCUUCUUCUUCUUCUUCUUCUUUUUCUCUGUCUCUCUCUCUCUCUCUCUCUCUCUCUUUUUCGAAUCUCAGGAUUUCUAUUAGACACCAACUUAAGCUUAAGCGACACGAAUGUCCAAAAGAUGCGUCAACGACUCGGGAUGUCUUCGAGAUGCCUUUGAGUCUUUUGUACAUUUGGAUGAUCUGUUGUUGGGUUAUCCCGUAUCUGUCCCGUUUUGUAGGAUCAAAUACAUACUUUUUCUCGAUCAUCCAUCUUCGGUCUCAGCACGCGAUCGCUCGAUUAUCAAAAUUGAAUAGAACGUGCUUGAGUAGAAUCAUUCGUGACUCUUACGAGAUGUUCGGUCCCCGUAUCGCUAUCGCCGUCUUACUAUCGUAACGAUAAGCAACGGCGGGGUGGGGGGGGGAGACGGGAGUGCGUUUCUCCAGCUAGAAAUCUUUCAGUACGAUUAAUGCGUGUAUCGCACGAUGUGGCAGCAGCGGCCUACUCUGCAUCGAUAUUGUUUGUUAGGGACACAGUAGAGAUCGUUUGAUUCUUGUUUUAUACAUUUCUAAACGCGACUUCAUCGGAUAAAGAUGAGUCUUGCGAACUACUCGUUUCGUUCUCGAUCUUUUGAUAUAGUUUGAUAUCAUUCUUAGUUCAUUAGAGAACAUGCUCUAACGUACGAACGGAUUAUAUCGCGAUAAAUUAAGCGUCGAUACCCUUUUCUAUUGAUCUAAGCGCAGUCGAGUUGCUUCAAGUACGAACAGUGGGGAAGGAUACAACGCUCGAGUGAUGUGCCUCUCGCAAAAUGUCAUCGCGAUUGUAUAGUCAGAUUCGAUGCGAUCGUCGAACACCCCGACUCCUUAGGAAGCUUCAAGGAAUCGGAACUUCGACGUCGCUGUAUUUAUGUAAAAAGUAGGCGGGACACACGCGUCGCAGACGCAGCGCUUAACUCUAGUCAGUAUAACGUAACCUUAGAAAACUGUAGUAUUUAUUGAUUCCUUGUAAUAUUUAUAGAUAUCCCCUCGAGAGAAGCUUACAGGACAUAGAGAGAGUUGAUUCUAAUGUAAUAUAAAUUAUUUAUAAGAAAUAAAUGAUGAAUAUAGGAGAUCAUUGGUGUACAUUGCAUGCACAGUCCUGUCUGCAUGUUCCUUCGAUGAUUAUAAAAUAAGAAUCAUUGACACAGUAUAGACUCGAUAUUU